CCCAGCCCUCUGACGGGAUGAAGCCUUUAGGGGGAUGCGGCGCUCCGUGCAUUUUGAUUAAAACCCCUCGUCUCCCUUCAGUCUGAAGGCAGGGCACCGGGGAGCACGGGCGGAGGGGCCUGCACGGGGCCGGGCGAGGGAGAGAGAAUCCCUUCGGUGUCACGUAUGGCUCUAUAGGAGAAAUCAUCUCUGGGAAUAUUGUGGAAAGGACGGAGUAUAAAUUGAAGGCGCCCGGGUUUAACUCACGCUCGCGGGCGCACAGCAUGAAGAUGCAGAGGUGGUCCACGCGGUGGAAAACGAAAAGGUGGCCGCGGGACUCGGCCGUGACCAUACUCAUCACCCUCGCUGUCCUUCUCCAGACUGCGGAGGUCAGAGGAGCUGAACCAGUUGAUGUGCUAAAAGUAUUAGAAUUUCAUAAUUCACCGGAAGGAGUAUCAAGAACGGCAGGAUUUUGCACUAACAGAAGAGAUUCAAAAGGCUCAGAUGUUGCCUACAGAGUUUCAAAAACUGCACAGCUCAGUGCCCCAACAAAGCAGUUGUACCCAGAUGGAGAUUUUCCAGAAGAUUUUUCAAUAUUGAUGACAGUAAAACCUAAAAAGGGCAUCCAGUCCUUCCUUCUGUCUGUCUACAAUGAACAAGGAAUUCAGCAAGUAGGUGUUGAAGUUGGAAGAUCCCCUGUCUUCCUCUUUGAAGACCAAAAUGGAAAGCCUGCCCCAGAAGACUAUCCUCUUUUCAGAACAGUCAACAUUGCUGAUGGCAAGUGGCAUCGAGUAGCCAUUAGUGUGGAGAAGAGAAGUGUUACAAUGAUUGUUGACUGCAACAAAAAAACGACAAAACCACUGGAGAGAAGUGACAAACCAAUUGUGGACACUAAUGGCAUCACUGUCUUUGGAACCAGGAUUCUGGAUGAAGAAGUAUUUGAGCUGACUGCUCCAAGUGCCAGACUCUCACCUCGACGAACAGCACCCAGUAAGACCUGGAGGGGCCUGGAGAUAACUGCUAUGCACCAUCAGUCCCCUCACAUGUAA